AUGCCCAACCACAUCAAGCCUAUGCAGCUCCUCGCCCUUGUGGUGACGACGGUCGUCCUCCUCAGCACCAGGACAACGUCUGCCUCGGGCACCACGGCCGGCACCACGGACGUCGGCUACCUGCCUGUCUUUGCCUACCAUGGCUUUGGCGGGAGUGGCGAGGACUUUGCGACCAUGGCCAAGUGGGUGGAGGCAGCGCAUCCCGGACAGGACUUUGUGGCCAUCGACAUGUUCAAUGGCGCAGCAUCGUACAAGCCCAUGUGGGAGCAGGUCGAUGCCGUCGCUGCCUUUAUCCGCAACUACACGGCCGUCCAUGGCCUGACUCGCUACCAUGUCAUCGGCCAUUCGCAGGGUGCCAUCGCCAUGAGGACCCUGGCUCAGUCUAUGGAUGAUCACAACAUCGCCUCGCUCAUCUCGCUCGCAGGUCCGCAAAUGGGCCAGUUUGGUUCGCUCAACCAUUGGCCGGCUCCUCUGCAUGAUCUGGAGGCCGACCUGGCUUGGAUCGUCCUCUACACAAAGCCUAUGCAGGCCACCUUCUCCGCCGCCGGCUACUGGAACGAUCCUUACCAUCAGAAGGAGUUCUGCAGGGACUCGCUCUACCUUGCGGUGGCUAACAACGUCUCGUUGCCAAGCAAUCCUCGUGCUGACGCCUUUCGCGCAAACAUCCUCCGUCUCGGCUCCUUCUCUCUCCUCGGCUCGCCCGAUGACGGCACCAUUCAGCCGUGGGAGUCGACCAUGUUUGGCUUUUGGAGCGAUCACCGCUCGGACAUUGUCCCACUCGAGGAUCAGCCAUUCUACAAGGCUGACAUGCUCGGCCUUCGCUCGCUCGCUGAAGAUGGCCGCCUUCACCUCUCCGCCCCCAUCGGCGUCUCCCACAUGGACUGGGUCCGCGAUGAGGCCGUCUUCCGCGCCCACAUUCUUCCGCUCCUUACCUAG